AUAAAAUAAAAAAAAAACUUAAAAAAUCCAAAUCUGUAUUCUUUUUUUGCAUUUCAAUGUUAGUAGAUUACAUGUUUUAAUAUUAAAAAGUUUUUUGGUUCCAUAGCAACUUGCUAAUAAUAUAUAAUAUUAUUCAAUGUUGUCGGUCCUUAUCACGAAUUCUGUGGUUUAAUAUAAAAGUAUACGCCAAGUUAGACAGCUUAAAUCGUGGUGGUUAUGACGGGAGGAACUACGAUCUUGAUGUUGCUUGUCCGGGUUUCGUGGCUCGCGGCGGCGAAGUACGGAACGUUUUUGUUGUCCGGCUCCAACCUCGAGUGGCCGUCGGUGGCCGAGGAGAGCAGCGACAUAUUGUACGGCCGGUACGAACCGCGCAAGAUCCUCGUGCACGGGUUCCAAAUGGACGACAAGCGCGCCUACGUGGCCAUGCCCAGGUUCACGAAGUCCGGCGUGCCGUGGUCGCUGGGCGUUUUCCGGCUGGACGUGUUCGAUUUCGAGCCGGACAUCCGGCCGUAUCCCGAUUACGGGAAUUACGGGUCGUGCGACGGCGGUCGCACGUGCAUAGUCAACGUGGUCGACGUGUACAUCGAGACGGGCGUGCUGUGGGCGCUGGACACGGGCACCACCAACGUGCUGUGGAAGCCGUUGCGCCUGGGCCCGGCGCAGCUAAUCGCCGUCAACCUGACCACGGACGCGGUGGUCGCCACCGACCUGUCGGCUGUCACGUGGCCGGACAGCGUGCUCGAGCACGUGGUGGCGGCGCGCACGUCGUGCGGUCGGCUGCACGUUUACGUGUCGGACGUGGCCCGGCACAAGAUCAUCGUGUACGACGCGGACGCGCGCAAGCUGCACACGAUACAGCUGCCCGAGACCAUACCGGUGGACAGCCACCGGCGCGCCGUUCUGUACUUGGCGCCCGUCACCGUGGCCGGCCGCGCUUACGUGUACUUCACGUACCGGCACAGCGGCUACAUGUUCGCGCUGGACGCGUGGUCGCAGGAGAGCGUGGUUCACGGCGCCGUGUCCGAGGUGGGCGUCAAGCCGGUGGGCAUGCUCGUGCUGGGCUCGGACCGGGGCACCAACGUCUACUUCCGGACGGCCGGCGGUGGCACCGACGUGUGGGCGUGGGACGUGAACCGGCCGCUGGAAGUGCGCAGCUUCGUGCUCGUCCACCGCAGUUACCUAUACCUGACGCCGACCGCCGUGGUGGCCGGCUGGCGGAACGCCGUGUGGACGGUCGAGUCCAACUACGACGAGUACACGGCCGGCAACGUCGACUGCACGGGUCCCAGGACGCUGUUGCGACCGCUGAACGGCGGUGCGGCCGACGACUGUAACGAGAUCGUCUUACAGUAGAUGUCCGUGCACGAUCGUCGACGUGUCCAUCAUUUAGAUUCGUACUUCCGACUCUUGUUUUUGUCCUGCAUUCUCCGUUGUUUUGUUUUUGUAAGUUUCGUUUCGCACGGUGAUCGUUUUUCGCGUUGCCGAGUGGGUUGUGUAUGUCGUAAUGAGUUAAUCAGUUUCGAAUGCCGAAGUGGUAAAAAAAUCAAGACUCUACGACAAA